AAUUUUCUUUACGAUCACUUGGUACCAUCAACACACACCAUCAAAGUAGUCGUGGGAAAAAGCGAAUCUAAUAUCAGUAUUAGUUGCUUUCUUGCGGCUUUUUCCGUUGGUUGUUUUUUUUUCUUUCUUCCUCGUUUGCUCUUCCAUUUCACAACGUUUACCAUUACGCUCAUUUCUCUUUCGUGUGCUUUCGCUUCAUGCUCUUGCGUAAUAGAGUGCGCACCCUUCCCCAGGUGGAGGGAGAUUGGUGUGGAGAGACACACAUUUCUAGGGCGACCGUGUUUAGACGCCACAUUCCACGUGAAAUCGAAAGUCGCGAUCCCUCGCGAAGUCGCGGAAACUGUCCGCCAUUGUAUGGGUGCGUACGGGGGCAAUCCGUGAGCGAAACUUUUGAAGCUUCUCUCGCCUAUACGCACAUAUCGAAGCAACCCGGGUCGCUCCCGGUUUUGGCGUUUGGUUUGGUUUGUAGCGGCACUGUAGUGGUGUGGUGCGUAGCAGUGAAAGCACAUCAUCAACGCCGGAACGCAUGAGAAGAAGUGCGUUAACAUACUUCACACUGUAGCAUAAGCGAGUUUUUUUUCGUUACAGAACUGUCUAGACAGGCUGGAUACACAGUAACGCUGCAAAGAUAACGCAAUCUGGCAAAAAACGGUUGAAGAUGUGAAAGGGAUGGCCCUAAAUGUGACAAUCACCAUCAAAAUGCUCUCGCGUUAAUGCGGAACGGAACGAACGAAUAGCGUGCGUGUAUCGAUGUGUUAGUGUAUAGUGAUAUUUUGUUUUGCGAAGGAACCAGGACGAAUGUCCUUUCGUGGACCGCGUCAAGAUAAUGGUUUUGCGAUAGUAGUAGUGAGCGUUAUUAUUGUUUACACAGCACACUACGCACUCGUUUUGGGGGGGAGGGGAGAGUGCCAGUCUGUGUCCUUUUCAGCAAUUACUGUGUGUCAUCAAGUGUAGCAAAAAAUAUACUACCUUCCUGUGUGCGGGUGUGUGUGUGUGGCAGUGGUGUUGAAAGAGGAAAAUUAGUGUAAAAUUUGUGUGUGUGUGUGGCCUAGUCGUCUAGAAAGCCUCCGUGUCGUUCUCGUCUUCGUCUAACCGUAAACCAAGUGAUCAUCCAAUAGUGUAUAAAUACUACAGAAACGUCAAAGCAACAGACAGUUGCGCCGAUGGCGCUACUGUAAACAAACACCAAGCAACACAGUAGUCGGGUCGAAUUUCAUUAGCAACGCAGUCUAAAAUGGUGUAGCAGUUUUGAAGUUUGGCAGUAAGUAGUUACAUCCGACGGUGUGAUACGUACAUUCCACGAGCUCGAAUCUCGGAAACAGAUAGCGAAGAACCGGGGUGGUCAACUGUGCCGGGGUUGUUGCGUGUGAAGUGAUCGCAAAUCCGGAUAAAUCAUCAGUAGGAGAGAAGAAAAAAACAAACCCACAUCCAUCGCUUUCGUGGAAAAAAUCGUCCCAUCCUUCCACAGCACGCGCGAACGCGAUGAUGAAUCCGAACCAUUCCGGUGCGUCACGGCGCCCGUACUCACGCGGUGCCGUACCGCGCAACCGUUCGCGGAUGCCGUUUUCACCGCACCAUACGCAUCAUUCGAACCGGAACCAUGGUGGACAUAACCAGCCAUGGUACAACAAGGAUAUGGAGAAUAGCUUUAACUAUGGUGACAAUGGAAGUAGUCCCAAAGAAUCAUCCUUCACCUACACGUCCAAGUCCCCGCCGGUGCAGUUGCAUUCCCCUCCUAUAGCGGGCCGCCAAACGGCGGCAGCCCUACUCAUGCCUUACGGUGCUGCUGACGAUGGUAGUAUUAAUAAUAGAUCUCAACAAAUUCUUAGAGCCGGCCCGAGCCACAUUGACCGACACCGGAUCAAUAUGGGCGGUAAUAGUAUGCAGGAUCGCAACCGGCACACGAUGAGUGCCUCCACGAUCGAUCGCCAUUCGAAUCACUUCGAGGGACCAUCGAAUUCGACGCGCGGUUCGGACCUGCACGGUGGUGACGCACGUUCGGUACUGUCGAUGGACUCGAUGCGUAACAGCCGGGAUAACAAUGGUGGUGCCCGGGAACGGUACAGUCCCCACUAUCAUUCCGGACCCGGUGGAAACGGAUCCGGUCCGGCAGGCAGUGGCAAUGGUAACCAAUCGUCCUCACCUCCUUACUGCCCGGUGGAUGGAAUCGGUGGCAAUGGUGGUGGCAUCAAAUCGGAUAGUCCGUCGCGUAAGAGACGUCGUGUUUCGUCCCGGCUACCGAGCCAAUCACCGCCCGCCGCCAUCUGGGAGCAUCGACGCUCGCCGCGCAAUGGCGGUGGCAUGAUGUCGUUGAUGGGAACGAGCGGUGGUAAUGGUGGUGCGAACGGUGGUGGAAAUGGUAGCAACAGUGGCAUGGGAAAUCAUGCGAUGAACGGACAUCACAACCUGUCGUUGCAACAACAGCAGCAGCAACAGCAACAACAGCCACAAUCAUCGCAGAGCUCACAGCAACAGCAGCAGGUGCCACCGCAGCUACUCCAUCGGGACCAUCCUCAGCAGCAGCAUCAUCAUCACCAACUGCACCAUCAUCAUCAUCACUCGCAACAGCAGCAGCAGCAGCAACAACAGCAACACCAUCACUCGAACGGUGGUGGAUCUCAUUUGCAUCCGGGUUCGGGUGGUAAUCUGGCUGCUGCUAUUAUUUCGCAGCUCCAAACACACGCCCAUCAUCCGCAGGGAAGUCCACCGAUUCGGCGACCACGCUUUCACCGGGAGCAACAGCAGCAGCAGCCACAGCAACAGCAGCAGCAGCAACCGCAACAACAACGUCCUUGGGAAUCGCUGACGCAGGUAUUCCAGCAGGCUCCGGCGGCACAGGCCCAGCACCAGCAUCCGGCUUCAUCACUGAUGGUCGAUAUUAAUCAGGUGCCAGUUAGCUUACCGCUUGGCCAUCAUCAUGAACAGCUGUGGACGUACUCGGCCGGUCCACACAUUUCGAUCUGCUCCGGACAUCCAGCUGCACCACAUUUGCCACCAUGUCAGGUUCAUGGAGUUUAUCCGCAACCGUUCGCUCAAACGUGUGGCAUCGGAGGCCACUUCGGCAGCUAUGCAUCUUCUGCAGGACCGGCAUUAGCCGUCCCACAUCCACCACCGCAUCAAGCACAUUAUCAGCAUCCACAUCUGGCGCAACAGCGUACCGAUGGUCUUUCGCUGGACGGGUUGGAGCAUGCCGGUGCGUCACCGUUGCACCUGUCCCCGCUAACCACACACGCGCAUCAUCUGCACGGUGCGUCACCGCAGAUGACGCAGCUGACCGCGGCGGCCCAACCGAUCUACAUCUCCACCGAGGUAAGUGCCGUGGGCAGUGAGGUGCCCCGUACGGGCGUCACACCCGCCGGAACACUGAUCCCACUGAUCGCGAACGUACCGCAGGGUCGCAACUAUGAGAUACUGCACCGGACGGUUCGCCGGGCGAUCACGGCACCGCGGCGCAACUUUGCCCGCUUCCACUGGCCCGGUCCACCGCCGCCGCCACCACCACCACCACCGCCGGCCCAUCACCAGCACCAUCAUCCGGGGCAUCAUCCGACCCAUCACCAUCGGCCACAUGCUGCACCGCCGCCGGCCGCACUGCAGGCCCAUCCGCAGCCACUCGGCCAUCCACAGCCGGCCCACGUCACGCUCUCGGCCACGACGUCCGCCUACUCGGGCAUUUUGCUGAACUUCCUACCCGUCCGAUGUCCUUUCAGAGCGAUGUUCCCGUUGUCUACGUACGGUCCACCGGAUCUCAACUCACCGGAUUCGAACGAAACGGAAAAUUAUGAAGCCCUGUUAAGCUUGGCCGAACGUCUUGGCGAGGCAAAACCGCGUGGUCUGGCGCGGCCCGAGAUUGAUCAGCUACCGAGCUAUAAGUUUAAUGCUGAAACUCAUACCGGUGAUCAAACAUCGUGCGUGGUUUGUAUGUGUGACUUCGAGGCCCGGCAGAUUCUGCGAGUUCUGCCAUGUUCGCAUGAAUUCCAUGCUAAGUGUGUUGAUAAAUGGCUACGGUCCAAUCGUACAUGUCCAAUUUGCCGUGGCAACGCAUCGGAAUACUUCGAAAGCAGCGAGGAGCAGUAAACGUUUUCCAUGUAAAAUCCCACAAAACGUAACCGGAAGUCAAGUGUUCUGGAUACCACAUUUCGGAACGUUGCCGUGAGUUACACGGAGAUGUGCACAGUUGCGGUAAAUAGUCGGGUAUGACACAUUUUGCAAUAAUCCUUCAAUCCAAGUCUCAGUAAUACAUUCUGCCUCAUCUGCAAAAAUUAAGGUGAAUUUUCGUGAAAUCCAAAGCUUUUUGUUUAUUAGGAGUGAAACAAUACCUUAUCAGCGUUCCAUACAUGAAAUCGUUUAAGCGCCGUUUUACGCUUUAAUAGUAUACGUUUCCAUUGUGCAAAAUCGUUCCCUCCGGCCCCAGCCAGUACCGUACAGGAAACUUUAAGCAGUACGCAAUUCGUAAUCGUCUAUUAGUUAGUUACAUGCAACAAAUGGAUAUUUUCAUUAAAAAAAUGGUUCUUGAAAUGAAUAGUAAGGAAGGUGCAUGUAUCAAUGUUAGAGAGGAGAAAAAAGAGUUACAAACCAUUUGAAUUCAUGUUUACGCUUAUUCAUAAUUUGAAGCACAUUAUAGCUGCUUUCUGUCCAUCGCAAUCUUGUAUAUUUACUUCUUUUUUUGUUUCGUUAGAAAGAAGGAAAUAUUUACUGCUGGGACGUUUUGAAAUGCUUUGUUUUUUUUUGCUAGCGGAAACUAUAUGAAUGAAAUAUAACUUAAUCUAUGGAAAAAAGUAACAAUGUUUAUCACAAAGAUAAUUUAACAAAAAAAACGAUAGAACACGAAAUGAUAAUGCAGAAGCCAUUUCGCAAACCACCCAAGAGCAAUAAUUCGAAAACAACAAACACAGCAACCAGCUCAGUCAACGUAUACAAAAAAAAAACAAAACAAUGUUUUCAUAGGCCAUAAUAUAAUGUAGCGAAUGGGAGCGAACUAAUACUGCUAACUAUGUAUAGCAUUACAAAUAUUAAAGGAAAACAAAUGAACUCAAAAACAAACCAAACCACAUAUAAAAAAAACACACGCACACACGCAUUUUAUUCCAUUAAUAGAACCCUUCGUGAUAUAACACAAUGGUCAAUGAUAGCAAAAGAAA